AGUAACCUGUGUAAACAAAAUCAUAAAUUUGUCGUAAAUGCAGAACCCUUGGGAGGUACAUGUUAUAGUCCAAGGAAGAGGGUGGGUGGCGUGGAGUCUUUCCUGGCAGUGAGAGAUGAUGAGAGUGGAGGGAACCAAAUAAAGAGGAACUGCAGGGACGCUCCGAAUUCGCCUUAAAUAUCAAGGACUAGUUGUGAUGAUGGAGAAAGCUGCACUGCUGCUGUUUUGUUGCCUGGUUGUGUCUUCAUCAGGCUCCCCUCUCUACCCGUCUAUCAGGUUCGGCCAGAGGAACACUAUCUUGAUGACAUCUUCUAUAAAGAAUCCAGCAGAACAGCUGCAGGAAGACAUGAGUCCUCCUAGGGAGAAAGCAGAGCUACGAUCAGGACGCCACGCUGAUGCCGUCUUUACAAAUGGUUACAGGAAAGUCCUGGGACAAAUCUCUGCCAGGAAGUUCCUCCAGACAAUCAUGGGCAAACGGCUGGGAGAUGAAAUGGAGAGCUACUUGAAACGCCAGUCAGAUAUCUAUGAAUGCACCUACAAAGAAGAUCUGACAUCCAUCCAGAGCAAUGAGAGAUACAGAGGAAGCCCAGAUUGCUGAGUUGAGACUGGUGAAUUGAACUGAACGCCGCCAGUGCUCGUCGCCACUGCAACUUUCAUCCAUCACUGCUUAUUCCUUCAUCCUGGUCUUUACAGAUGCAAAUGAUAUUGUUCUUUUUUGUCUAUUAAAAGCUGUAAAUAAUUUAGACAGACCAGAUCAGCUAAUGACUGUGGAAGACAUGUUACUGAGAAACAAAGCUGUGUAGUCUCACUUUAAUGGAAAUACUACUAUGUCAUUUUUAAAUAGCUACUGAAAUGCCAACAGGGAAUCAUGGGAAUAAAAUCUUGAACAAUGCACUUUUUUAUGUCAAGGCAUCUCAGAACCAGUGUGAUCAUGAUCAACUAGGCAGCGGUGAAAACUACAUGACAGAAACCAUUUUAAGGUAUUCAUACUUUCAGUGUUUUCAUUUAUACUUGUUCUUCACAGCAUCUUAGACAAAAAUGUACCACUGUUGUGUAUCCCUACAUGUAUUUGACAGCUAUAGUUGCAUGAUAGAUUAAGAUCUUAUCUAAAAAUCAUACAGGAUGCGAUGAGUGACUAAAUAGUAUGUGAGACUCCUAUUCAGUUGCACUUUUGCACAGUUAGUCACCUGGCUUUGAAUAUAUGAUCAGCUUAUAUAAUGUGUUGCUAUAUAUUAACAUAUCCACUGACAUAUAACGUACUUUAUGUACAAUGAGUUCACCUCGACCAGCUGCAUAAUUAUCCAAGAACAUAUUCUAUGUAACAAUGCAACACUCAGAGAGGAACCAUAAUGCAUGAGUAUAUGAUGAUGCCUGUACUUGUUAGGCUUGGACUCCUAAUAGAACUUCUUCAAACAACAAGGGAGAUAAACAUCAGUAAUGGUCAGGUUGUUCCAGUACACUGUACUGCCUGCUCAUUAGUGUAAUUAAUUACACCUGUGCCUUUCCUACUAUGAUGUCUGGUUCAUGUGGAGUUGAUUCAACACUUUUUUAAACCUCAAAGAAUAAAUAUGACAUUCAUAAAUGUUUUUUUAAAAUUACAUUCAUCCUAAGUAAUAAAACACCCAUGUUCAGUUUAGUACUGUUUUUGCUGCUAGCAAGCUACACCCUUGGUUGCUCUAGUGUAAACAGCAGCAGCUUAUGGGGCUGACAAGUACCAUUAGCAGACAGACUGCCAUACAACUGAAAUUACUCAGUUUCUGAUUUUAUGACUACUCGCUUCUGUUAUUCGACAUUAUCCUGUAAUUGCCACUUAUAGUCACAGUAGCUGUUGCUCAGCAAUGUUACAGCAAUAUACUUGCUUCAGCUUCAAUUUGUGGGUGUGCAGAGUCAGUAACAUUUGUCUUAAUAGUCACUUGCAUAUAAGAACAAGAGUUGUUCUCUGAAAUUAUUCCAAGACUUUUAACUGGGCACAGUUGCAUUAGGAAGGAAUAUCCAACAUACAGGAAGAGAACAGUCCUCCUUCUGUGACAAAAUGAAUUUCAAGUUAAUGUUUAAACACUGUAAGCAAGAAAACAGUUAAAAGGUAAACACAAAGGAAAUUCUGCAGCAAGACAAAAUACAGUAUUCAACAGACCAGUUUCUUUUGUGUCUUCUCAAACUCAGUUUUCCACUCAAAUUUCAUUGUUUGA